AUGAUUGAGUUGAGCAACACGGUGCUCGUAUCUUUUUUGGUGCUACUCAUUACAACGGCUCUGUUGUUGAUAGUCCAAAAGAACUCUGCAAAUAUUAUCCCGGGCCAUAAGGUAACCAACCGGGAUCCAACCUUCAUAAUUGCAGGUCCUAGUGGCAGUGGGAAAACCAGUUUGUUCAAUAUGCUGACAACGGAUACAUUCAAACCCACGGUUAUGUCACAAGUGCCCAACGUGGCUGAGGACUACAUGCUUCCUUCGAUCACCAAAAGUUUCAAGUUCAAACUUUUGGAGUUUCCAGGCCACGUCAAAUUGAGAUACCGUUUGUUCGAUGCAUUGAAGGAGUCGACGUCUUUGAAGGGUUUGAUUUUCGUCGUCGACUCUACCGUCGAUCCACAGAAGCUCACCGAGACUGCCGAGUUCUUGUAUGAUAUCUUGGCUCUGACAGAACGCUUCCCGGAAGGAGUGGGCAUCAUGAUCGCAUGCAACAAAUCCGAGUCGUUUAGCGCUAGGCCUCCCUUGAAGAUCCGUGAGGCGCUGGAAAAGGAAAUCGGCAAGCACAUCGAAAGAAAAGCCAAAUCUCUCAGUGCGGUUAACAAAGCGGGUGGUGUCUCCGGCGAGAACAACGAGGACGAGUCCGGCGCUGCCUCGCUCGAAUUCCAGAGCGGACGCCAAUUUACCUUCGAUGCCUUGGACGGCAAUGUCGACGCCAUUGAAGGCAGUGUGUUGAAGAGCCAGAUUGAAAAGUGGGAGUGCUGGAUCGACGAGAGAUCUGUGAAUUGA